AUGCUUAUUAAAUGCAAGAGGUGCAUUCUCCCCAGGUCCCGCGAUUCUCGCCGCGACUACUUCAACAAACAUGCUAGGCCAGUCAGUGAAAGGGGCCUGUCAAGGCUGAUCACAAAUCAAUGUACAGGUGUGAAAGUGAGCAAUUGUCUGGUGAGGUACUGUCUGGUGACCAAUUGUCUGGUGAAGUACUGUCUGGUGACCAAUUGUCUGGUGAGGUACUGUCUGGUGACCAAUUGUCUGGUGAGGUACUGUCUGGUGACCAAUUGUCUGGUGAAGUACUGUCUGGUGACCAAUUGUCUGGUGAGGUACUGUCUGGUGACCAACUGUCUGGUGAGGUACUGUCCGGUGACAAAUUGUCUGGUGAAGUACUGUCUGGUGAGCAAUUGUCUGGUGAGGUACUGUCUGGUGACCAAUUGUCUGGUGAGGUACUGUCUGGUGACCAAUUGUCUGGUGAAGUACUGUCUGGUGAGCAAUUGUCUGGUGAGGUACUGUCUGGUGACCGAUUGUCUGGUGAGGUACUGUCUGGUGACCGAUUGUCUGGUGAAGUACUGUCUGGUGACCAAUUGUCUGGUGAAGUACUGUCCGGUGAAGUACUGUCUGGUGACCAAUUGUCUGGUGAAGUACUGUCUGGUGAGCAAUUGUCUGGUGAGGUACUGUCUGGUGAGCAAUUGUCUGGUGAGGUACUGUCUGGUGACCAAUUGUCUGGUGAGGUACUGUCUGGUGACCAAUUGUCUGGUGAGGUACUGUCUGGUGACCAAUUGUCUGGUGAGGUACUGUCUGGUGACCAAUUGUCUGGUGAGGUACUGUCUGGUGACCAAUUGUCUGGUGAGGUACUGUCUGGUGACCAAUUGUCUGGUGAGGUACUGUCUGGUGACCAAUUGUCUGGUGAGGUACUGUCUGGUGACCAAUUGUCUGGUGACCAAUUGUCUGGUGAGGUACUGUCUGGUGACCAAUUGUCUGGUGAGGUACUGUCUGGUGACCAAUUGUCUGGUGAGGUACUGUCCGGUGAGCAAUUGCCCUACAUUCUCAGGUAUCUUUAAAUGA